AUGUCUCCACGCGUCCUCAUUUUCGGAGGAGGGAGCAUUGGAGCAGUCCUCGCCUAUCUACUCUCCAAGUCAAUUGAUGCAUCAAAUAUUGUUGUUGUGUGUCGGUCUAAUUACGAUGUUGUCGCGAAGCAUGGCUUCACAAUUAAUUCCACGGUGUAUGGAAUGAACGAAAAUGUCAGACCCAUCGCUGUCCGAUCGGUAACCGAGGCUAUCCAGGUGUGCCCAGACGGCUUCGACUAUAUCUGCGUGGCUACCAAGGUGAUCGUCAGAGGCAACGUUUCUCAGCCCGAAUUGAUCAAACCUGCGGUAUCUGCCAAGACGAACAUUGUGCUCAUGCAGAACGGUAUCAGCAUCGAGGAGCCUUAUAGAGCCUUAUUCCCGGAUAACGCCAUUACCAGUGUUGUGAUAUACAUGCCUUGUACACAGACUGCUCCAGGCGUGGUCUCUCAUACCAUUUACUCAAAGUUCCUUCUGGGUACAUACCCAGCCAAUGCUACAUCGGAGCAUAAGAGCUCCACGGCACAAUUCGUUGGAAUUCUGAACGACGGCGGUGCAACCACGAUCCACGAGGAUGAUAUCCAGCUUGCUCGAUGGACAAAGUUGAUUGUGAAUGGCUCACAAAACCCCAUCUGCGCACUCUCCCGACUGCGCGAUGUCCAGUUCUUGGGUGCUGCGCCCGGUGCAGAGUCUUUUUGCAGGAAUGUCAUGAGUGAAAUUGCCAGUAUCGCUCGGGCAGAGGGGUAUAGUGAGGUCGAUGAUAGUGUUGUUGAUCGUCAACUACGUUUGUCUACUGUGAGGUCCCCUCCGGGUGUGGAGCCAAGUAUGAUGGCCGACGCUCUUUCCGGUCAACAUUUGGAAGUAGAAUGCAUUGUUGGAAAUGCAUUGCGGAUCGCGCAGAGGCAUGGUGUGGAUGUGCCAAGACUGGAAACGAUUUACUAUCUGGCGAAAGGGCUCGACAUGAGUUUUUCGAUUCCCGAGGCACUAUUAGGAGAGUCAAAAAUUUAG